CUCAAUGCAAAGAAUAACUUAAUUUCUACUGUGCCGCCCGUCGGACGUGGCCAGCCUCCACCAUCUACCGCUGCUGCACAGCCCGUCGGACGUGGCCAGCCUCCAACAUCUGCCGCUGCUGCACAGCCCCUCGGACGUGGCCAGCAUCCAACAUCUACCGCUGCUGCACAGCCCGUCGGACGUGGCCAGCCUUCAACAUCUGCCGCUACUGCUCCGCCUGUGGGCCGGGGCCAGCCACCUACAUCAGCCGCUCCUGCUCCACCCGUUGGCCGGGGCCAGCCACCUACAUCCACAGCUGCUAUUGCUCCGCCCGUGGUACGUGGCCAACAUCCGCCACCAGCAGCUGCUGCUCCGCCCGUGGGCCGUGGCAAACCACCAACAUCCGCAGCUGCUAUUGCUCCUCCCGUGGAACGUGGCCAACAUCCGCCACCAGCAGCUGCUGCUCCGUCCGUGGUACGUGGCCAACAUCCGCCACCAGCAGCUGCUGCUCCGCCCGUGGUACGUGGCCAACAUCCGCCACCAGCAGCUGCUGCUCCGCCCGUGGUACAUGGCCAACAUCCGCCACCAGCAGCUGCUGCUCCGCCCGUGGUACGUGGCCAACAUCCAUAACUGGCCGCUAUUGCUCCACCUGUCGGUGGCUGGCUAAAAUGUCAUAUGCAAGUCAUAUAUGAUUUGUUCAAUUUCCUGACAGGAACUAUCGGGACAGCGGCCAUUAUCCGGAGUUUCCCAACCGAAAAUGGUUAUUUUACAACAGUUGAAGUACCUGGUGACCCAUUUGUGGCCCGGUACGCAACUGCCGACAACUACGUUGACGAUAACAAGCGAGAGGCAGCAACGAUUUUUGUCAAUCAUCUUAUAAAUUUAGGCGUGGUGACCCUAAACGGGCGUAGGUUCACCACAGGCCCAAAUUUGAAACAAUACGCCAGCAGCCUAGAAAUGUGGAACAGGGGAUAUUACAACGUGCACAAUGCACGUUGUGCAGUAGAAAAAUAUUUUGGCCGGAGAAAUUUUUAUUUCUCAUAAACUGGAGGACCCGGU